CAACGCCGAUGGACAAGCCGUACGAUCGCAACUUACUCGACGCCGUCAAUGCUGUCGUGUACGCCAAGAUGCCGAUUCGCCAGGCGACCAAGAAGUUCUCGGUGGUGCGCAGCACGUUGCAGCGCCGGGUUCAUGCACUGAUGCAGAAGGAAUCCGCUGUCAGUGCCACGAGUGUUGACAUGGCCGCCGAGCUUGUGAGCGCAGCGCCGUCUGUCGGCGUGAUCGACUUGUCCCAACCCUUGCUUUUGUCUCCACCGGAACUGCCACGCUCCAUUCCACAUGUGUCUUCAUUGCCACCACCUGUGAGCCCCAUUGAAAUCUCCAAAGGGCCUCACAAAGUCAUCAACUGCAAAGUUCGUGCCAUGCAACAGUCUGUCUCCAGCGCCAUCGACGAGCUCAGCAACGAUCUCAUCCGUCAAGGAAAGCCAGUGUAUAAGCUUGGACUCGGUCAAAGCCCGUUUCCAAUUCCUGAGUGCAUUGUGGACGAGCUCAAAGCGCACGCCCACCAGCGCGACUACCUUCCUGUCGCGGGCCUGCCUGAGUUGCGCCAAGACAUUGCGAAGUGGGCCACGGCGAAACUUGGAAUGACGUACACGCAAGAUGAUGUGCUGGUCGGCCCUGGCACAAAGGAACUCCUGUUUGUCUUGCAAACAGUGUACUACGGCGACCUCCUCCUUCCGAACCCGAGCUGCAUGAGUUACGCUCCUCAAGCGAACAUCGCUGGACGGAACAUGAUCUGGCUGCCAACGUACGCCGAGGAUAGAUGGGUCCUUCAACCCGCCGUACUCGAAGCCCACUGUGCAGUCGAUCCUUAUGCCCCGCGAAUCCUCAUCCUCAACUCCCCAUCCAACCCCACGGGGUGCUCGUACUCGGCUGACGACCUGAAAGCAAUCGCGGGGUUGGCCAAAAAGUACCGGUUGCUGGUCGUAUCGGACGAGCUGUACUCGGACCUGACACACGAAGCGCAUGUCUCGAUCUCGACGUUCUACCCGGAAGGCACGAUUGUGUCUGGGGGGUUGAGCAAAUGGUGCGGCGCUGGCGGGUGGCGCGUCGGAUUUUGGCUCUUUUCCUCGGGCCUGGACUGGCUUCGCAAUGCCAUGCUCGUGAUGGCAUCGGAAACAUACACGUCGGUCGCGUCGCCACUGCAGUAUGCGGCGCGCCGCGCGUUCGUGCCAGGGUGCCCCGAGUUGGCCGCGUACAAGAAAAAGUGCUGCCGAACGCUCCAGUUGGUCGGCCAGUGGUGCACCUUUCAGGUCUGUACGAUGCAUUGGUUUUAUCUUGUGAACGGUCGGUUUGCAGCUCCACAAACUCAACGUCCAAGUUCACCAGCCGCAAGGCGGGUUUUACCUCUUUCCGUGCUUUCGAUCGUAUCGACAACUCCUGGCCACACGUGGCAUCACGACUGACGUCGAGCUGUGCGAGCAGCUCCUGCACGACACAGGGGUGGCCAUCUUGCCGGGGUCCUUCUUUGGCCGGCAGCCGCACGAGCUGUUUGUCCGAAUUGCGUUUGUCGACUUCAAAGGCGACAUCGCUAUGUACGUGAUAGACAGCGAGAGCGGCGACGUGGGGCUACACAAUCGCGAAGGCUUUGUGCAUUCCGUGUGUCCGAAUAUAUGGACUGCCAUGAAGUUGCUGGCCAAGUGGCUUCAGAUCGAGUGACAGAGCGCGCGCGCGCAUUGCGCCUUUGGCUCUCCGUGGCGCGCCACCUCUCUCCCACGCUUCCUACGACGGGAUGCCCUUGUCGAUAGCAAGAUGUGCAGUGUCAAGCUGCUGUGCUGGGGCGUCGCUGUCCUGGCGUAUGCUGUAGGGAUGAGCGGAUAACUUCAGUUGGGCCGCGCACUUGGUCGGGUCCCAGCACCUACAAUCGUGUGUCGAAUGCAAUGGACGGCAGAACAUUCUAUAUUCGAC